UCUGGCCACACUGACAUUUGACUUUUCUCGUUUCCAUUUUGUUUUCACAAAAGUGAAAAAAUAGCUGUUAAAGCAACAGACGCGUAUUCCGAAAUUAUUCAACCAAAUUUCACUAUACAGUCUAAUAUAGUCAGUGAAGAAAAUCAAGCAUUGCGUCCGCCCUGAGGCACGGCACGAGGCAAAAUUCGCACACACAAGCUCACACCCAACAAACUGCAGAGCGUCGCAUCGCAUCGCCCGCAUCCACCAUCGAGCAUCCCAGAGUCCGUAGAGCAGAAAUGGCCCAGAACAUAAGCCCCGAACAGAGCGGCGGAGCUGGGGCCGGGGGCACCAAGCACAGCGAUGACUCGCUGCCCGUGAAAGACAACCACGCCGUGAGUAAAAGACUGCACAAGGAACUGAUGAAUCUGAUGAUGGCCAACGAGAAGGGCAUCUCGGCAUUCCCCGACGGCGAGAACAUAUUCAAGUGGGUCGGCACCAUCGCCGGUCCCCUGAAUACCGUUUACGCUGGGCAGACGUACCGGCUGUCGCUGGACUUCCCCAACUCGUAUCCGUAUGCGGCGCCCGUGGUCAAGUUCCUGACAUCCUGCUUUCACCCGAACGUCGAUCUGCAGGGAGCCAUCUGUCUGGACAUACUGAAGGAUAAGUGGUCGGCGCUGUACGAUGUGCGCACCAUUUUGCUGUCCAUACAAUCGCUGCUGGGCGAGCCGAACAACGAGAGUCCACUGAAUGCGCAGGCCGCGAUGAUGUGGAACGAUCAAAAGGAGUACAAAAAAUAUUUAGACGUGUUCUAUGAGAAACACAAGGACACCUAGGUGGCCCACCAAACGCGAUCCUAUGCUCAUAUUGCGGCGUAUUUAUUUACAUAUAGUGCAAGCAAACUCCACUCAUCCGAACCGAACAGAUCCGCCAAUCCUUCUACUCCCCCGCCACACAUUAUCUCCAUUCUCAACAUGCAUCGCUUAUGCUGACUUUGGCGACCGUGCAUUUUCCUAUGUCAUUUGUCGGAUAAUCUGGUUUUAUUCUCAUUUUUUCAAGGCAACCACAAAUUAAUGAUAUAUAUAUGAUCUAUGAAUGUAUUGGUAAUAUGUAAUUUUAAAAACUGUCGUGUUCUUUAAGCUUAAGCAUAUAUAACUUUUAGUUAAUUGUUUUUUAUACAUGAUUUUUGAAGCUGGACGGGCGGUGCAAGCCCUGCCUUUUGUACUGAUGAUGAUGAUGAUUUAGAAGCGACUGUGCUGCGCCCCGGCCAUUAUGUGAAUGUUAGCUAAUUUUAGAGAGUGUAGCCUCACCGAAUCAAUCACCAAUCAAUCAAUGAACCAUUCAGUCAUGUACUAGUGUCGCCAUCCAUCCACUCAUUCGUUCGGCAUUUUUCCCCCCCAACAAAUUCCAAGUAAUUCGAAUCAUUUGUAACAGUUGAGUUAGCUUGAUGUUAUUGAAAAAUCACUUACAUAAAUAAAACAAAUUAUUAAACUA